AUGCCAGGUGAACCAAGUCCAAUGCCAAAACGAAACAUCCAUGCUUCGAAGAUUAUGUUGUGCAUCUGGUGGAAUCAAAGAGGAUUGGGGUACUCGCAGGCUUUCGGUGCGUUCUGCGUUGUUUCGUACUACAGUGCUUUGAUGGCAUUGACCCUGUACUAUUUAGUAUCGAGCUUCCAAUCUAAGUUACCGUGGUCGUUCUGUCGUCCGGAAUGGAAAGAUUAUUGCAUCGACUCGAUGUUUAAAAAUGUCUCCGAGGAUCGUAUCGCUACCAUUCAAAGUUCCGCAGAACUGUAUUUCAGGAAAAUAGUAUUACAGGAAUAUGCGUCCAUCGAGAACGGUAUCGAUGUACCAUCCUGGCAUUUGUCGAUAUGUCUGUUUCUCAGUUGGGUCUGCGUCUUUGGAGUGCUCUUCCGCGGCGUGAAGAGCACGGGCAAAGCCGCCUAUUUCCUUGCAUUAUUUCCUUAUAUCGUGAUGACAGCUCUACUGAUCAGAGCCGUCACUCUUGAGGAUGCUGUUGAUGGUAUCCUCUUCUUUGUAACUCCGAAAUGGGACGCUCUGUGGAAGCCCACUGUCUGGUACGCCGCUAUCACACAAUGUUUCUUCUCCUUGUCAGUCUGCUUUGGUCCAAUCAUCAACUAUUCGUCUUAUAACAAUUUUAAACACAGAGUGGACAGGGACGUGAUGAUAGUGACCACGCUGGACACAUUCACUAGUCUGAUAGCUGGUUGUACGAUCUUUGGUAUUCUCGGCAAUUUGGCUCACGAAAUGAAUACAAAGGAUAUUGCCAAAGUGGUCCGCGGCGGCAUUGGUUUGGCUUUCAUUUCCUAUCCGGACGCUUUAUCGCGCUUCACUUUUAUGCCACAGCUAUUCUCCAUCCUGUUCUUCAUCAUGAUGUUCGUUCUUGGCACUGGAAGCUCUGCAGCGUUAUGUGGCGCGGUAUUUAGCAUUUUCCGCGAUCAUCUACCUAAUAUGAGGCAGUGGUUGUUGGUACUUUGCGUCACCUGUUUCGGCUUCGUCGUCAGUCUCAUCUAUAUCACUCCGGGUGGUCAAUGGUUCAUAAUGUUAAUCGAUUAUUACGGCGGUACUUUCGUGGCAAUAAUCGUUGGCGUUCUCGAGAUAGCGACUAUCUUCUGGAUGUAUGGUCUCUUGAAUUUCCUCAACGAUAUGGAAUUUAUGCUAGGCAACAGAUUAGGUGCUUACUGGCGAGCUUGUUGGCUUGUAAUCAUUCCUGUGCUCAUGAUCAUCAUACUGAUUUAUACAUGCGCCACUUAUGAGCCACUCAUGUAUGACGGCGAACGGUUUCCUGAUUAUGCUUAUGGAAUAGGAUGGUUCGUGCUAGUUCUAGGUAUAUCUCCCAUCGCAUGGUGGAUCGGCCAAAAAAUAAUUAUGAAUAGAACGUCGUCUUUCACCGAAGAUGUUCAAGAAAGAUCGGGACCCCGAAUUUACUCGGGAGAAUGAUGUUUUUGAAAGAAACGUUUCAAAUAAAAGAUUGUAAGAUAAUAGAUGCUUGAAUUAAUUCUCGCUGACCAGAAGAGGAAUCUGCUACUGAAAGUCAUCGUUUGCUAGUGGAAGCUUAUGAAGAGCAUGCUCUAUAUGAAACAACUUGCAGAGAUUGAUUUAGAGAAUUCAAAAACAUUUUGAUGUGAAUGACAAAGAGCGCUCGGUUAGGUAAAAAAGUUUGAAGAUGGAGAAUUAGAGGCUCAUUUACUUCAAACAAGAUUUAUAUCAGAUGCUCAAAGAGUUGUCGGAAACAUUAAGUGUCAAUGUCGGAAGCAAGAUGAAAGAACACGUUUAUACAUAGUUACAUUACAUG